GAGAUGUUGUUUACCUAGCAACAGGGAAGAGAUAGCAACGGUGUGUGACAAAUGUCGUUCCACACGCGAAUCUGAGUCUAUAAACUGGAAUUAGCAUGUUUCCAGACAGUCGUUACGGUGUGACAGUGAAGUAAAACUAGUAGAAUUUAGCUCACUGCUCGCUGCUAUAUCAGUCUGCCGUCUGUUUUUAUAUUUUCUUUAGCUGGAGAGACGUAGCUAACGGUAACCAGGUGGAUCUCUUCCUCCAAAGAUGUCUUUUCAGGAGUCGCCUCGUCCUUCCGACGAAGAGGAGGCUUUCUACAUGCAAUGUCGAGCUGCGUACCUAGCUGUGUUUAGAUCUAGUUUGACAAAUAUCGCUUCAAAACAGCAGUUGUGUCGUGUUCUCCAGCAGGCUGGAAGAAAUCCAUCUCAUGCCACUCUCAAUAAAUACUGGACUACUAGAACAUAUAAACUGAACUUUGACGACUUCUGCGAGAUUCUCAAGUGCGAGAAGAAAAGUGAGGAAAGUGAGCUGAUGAGAGCUUUUAAAAAGAUGGAUGUGAACGGUGAUGGCUACAUCACACACAGUGAACUGGAGAAGGCCCUAACCACUAGAGGAGACAAAAUGACAACUGAAGAAGUGAAUGCUAUUUUCUCAUUAGCUGACAUCAACAAGGAUGGCAAAUUGGACUAUGCAGAAUUCUGCAGAUUGCUCGUGUCUACAGUAGAGCAGUGUCAAACGGCUGCUUUGGAAAGGCUUGAGGCUGAUGGCAAGCUGAAGAGACAGAACUUUGGAAGUCAAUCAUACAGCCCUCCGAAGAGCUCCGUGUCAUCAUCAUCAUCAGGGAUAACAGCGGCUCAAGUGGAGGCAACUCACCGGACAGAAUCAGACACAGCACUCAAGAAAGUGGGUGUGUGUCUCUUAGACAGCCGAUCAUCCUCACGUCCUUCUUCCGCUCGCAGCAGACGCUCGUCGCUGUCGAACUCAACUACAGUGACAUCCAGCAGCACGAAGGCCAGCAAAAUCCCAGAGCCUCCAGGUUUACAGGAGUGGCAUCACAGUUACAUGAAAGGGUGCUUCUUUUUAGAGGAUGAUGGAAGUAUCAGCUCUCUGCAGUACCAGCUCCAUGUACCUGAGACAACCAGCGUCUACCUAACCAUCCAACCACUCAGCCUCAGUCACAGAACCGAUAAGACUCCAUCAUGGAUGACAGUGGACACAGCUCUUUUUGUCAUGUCAGCUGGUGAAUCCAAAGAAGACUCAACUUUAGUGUGUUUUACUGAGUCAAAAGACAAAGAAAAGUAUGUGUGGAAAGGAGAACUAAAUGCUGGGACAUACAACCUGCUUCCCUUCACCAGUGGCUGCAGAUUAAAGAAAAGAAGCAAAAAGAGCCUCUCCAAUAAAUCUGUGGAGCUGGUCUACAAGACUGACACUGGAGAACUAGACCUCACUCGGGAGCUUAGGGAGGUGCUGUCUGACAUCUUUGAGGUGAUAGAUCUGGAUGGUAAUGGUUUGCUCAGCCUGGAGGAGUACAACUUCUUUGAGCUGAGGACCAGUGGAGAGAAGUGCGAUAAAGAUGCCUGGACAGUUUGUAAAGAAAACUUUGAUAUGAGAAAGAACCAGCUGACGCGCCAGGGGUUCAUGGAGCUGAACCUGAUGGAGGCCACAGAGAAAGAUGGAGAUCCGGCAGAUUUGUGGGUCACCCUGGAAGCUAUGGGAUACAACCGCAUGCUGGAGCUUGUAGAGGCUUGUCCGUUCCAGAUUGAUGUGCACUGUGAAGGCACUCAGCCGUCCAUUCAGCCAAUCAGUACGGACUCAGGGCCCAAGCUUCUUAACCAGGCCCUCCAGAAGUCCAUCACAGCUAGGACAGGAGCCAAAGCACUGAGAGGACAUGACAAUGUCUUCAUCUACACCUACAGAGGAGAGCACAGGAUCUCCUCCCUCAUAGCCAACAAGACUAACCAGAAAGUGACUGUCCAUGUAAACAAUGAGCAGAGCAGGAACUGCUGCAGCAGCAGAGGCAUGACUGUGUUUGCUGUAGAAGUGCCAGCCAGGACUAAGAUGGUAUGCCAGCACGUGCUACCCAUUAUUGAGAAACAGGACUGGACCUACAACUGUGUGGAGACCAUACUGCCCAGCAUAUAGAGCCAUACUUCCAGAAUAGACUCCUGUUGUAUUCUAGUUAUAAUAGAAGUUGAUGGACUGAAAUAUAUUCAUCAGGAUUUAAGGGACAUACCUGUUCUCCGUCUACUGGCAUUAUAUUAUGGAUGUAAACUAGAGCACUUGUUAUACGUCAGUUGUAAUGAAUGUAACAUAUAUUUUCACUGUAACUUACAAGUUUGAAAUGGACCAUUGCAUAAUCAGUUCAACUUGUCAAACUGUUAUUGGUGUGUAGUUGUCAGAACUGAGACCCUCUGCUUGAUGGGAGCAGCAGAAACUGGAGAGGCUUGUACAACCACACAAGGUAUGCUUAAUAGUGGAGACAGUUGCUGUUUUUCUGUUAUUGUUGAAAAGAUUUAUUUUCCUUCUAUUAUUACCGUUUCUUUCAAUUUACUUUUCCUUGAGUGUGCCUUUGUCACUUUAAUAGAUUUUGUAUGAAUGUAAAAAUUGCAAUUUUUUCUGUAUCAAUAAUUAACAUCUCAAAGUUACAUUUUUUUUUUAUGUUCUUGUCACAACAUGUAAGGACAAAACUAACUUUUUUAUGUUUUCUUGUGCUUUUUAUAUUUCUCAGCUGUGGAAAGAAUUUAUUUUUAAUACUCACUUUAUGUAACAAUAGUUGUAUAUCCAAAAACUUUAACCAACGUUGCUGUCAGACUUUAGUCAAUGGAUAGCAAGUUAAUGUAUACUCUUGAAUGUAUCUCUGAAUUCAUGCCACACACCAACAUCUUGUUUCAACAGAGAAUGCAUAAAAUAAAGGAAGAUCUCUUUGAAAA